GCCAUCGUUUCUCUUUCCUCAAGAAGCCCUAAUCCUCUCUCAUCUCGCCGAUUCUCGCCGAUUCUCUCCGUGAUCGAGCUUGAAAUCUUUCAGCGAGCACACGAUCUCUCGCAGCGUUUCUAAGUGGAGGCAGAUGAUCCUUGUGUUUGCGCGUGAUUGAGGAGAUCUGGAUAAGUCGAUUGAGAAAACAACCAUGGAGGAGGAACAGGGUUGAAACUGAGACAGUAUAUUCUCUGGAUUGGUUGUCUGCUUAUGCAUCACGACUCUGAGGUGGUCUAUAUAAAUUUUCUUGAUCAUGAAAGUCUUAUCGACAAUGAAAAGAAGGAACUCAGACUUAUAUUAGAAGAGAAGAGAUGUUAUCCUAUUUUUAUAAGCAAGGCAGAGCUACAGCAGUGGAGGAGAUAUUGUAGUGUUCUUCUAUCUCCAUUGUUUCACUAUUCAAGUUUCGAACUUCGAGAUAUUUUUGAUAUGGAUGAAUGUUAUAUUGGCUAUGACCUUGCAUGCGGUUGCUUUGGGGAUGAGAUAAAGAGGGUUCAUAAAGAAGGCAAUACAUUAUUGAUCAUGGACUACAAACUAAUGUUGUUGCCAAAGAAGAUUUGCAGCUUCCGUGAUAUUAGAAUAGGGUGGUUUUGCAACACCCCAUUCCCUCCACAUGGAGUACUCGAGACAUUAUGAGUUGAUGGAUGGUGUUUUGCAUUCAGAUGUAGUUGGUUUCCACAGCGCUGACUAUGUAACCCAUUUUUUGGACACUUGCAAACUGGCCCUCAUUGUGGAGCUGAAAGAAGAAAACCUCGUGGUAUACCGGAAGUCAUACAUCCGUGUAAAAGUGCUUCCAUUGGGGAUUCAUGUGGAGAAGUUUUGUGAAGCUUUUGAUCUAAUAGAAGUUCAGAGUCUGGUCGAUCCUGCAGGAUUUAAGAACAAAAAGGUUAUUUUAUCUGUUAACAAGAUUGAUAAAAGUGAAGGAAUAAUCGAGAAGCUAGUAGCAUAUACAAAUUUGAUCAAAGACCCCUUUUGGUAUGGUGAAGUUGUGUUCAUCCUGAUUCUCAGUCCAAUGAAAACCAUCCUACGGGAUCAUUAUGAAGACCUCAGUAGGUACAUUUAUAAUUUGGUUUGUGCCAUCAAUCAGAAGUACCGUUCAGAAGACUUUUUGCCAAUUGAAUGCAAGAUAUGGGAAUAAAAAUCUUUUUAUUCGUAUCCAUCUAGAAUCUAAACCCAUUCAGACAUCUUCCUGUGUUUCUUCUCAUUUAUUGCUUUAGAUAUCAACUGGCAUGUCUUUGCAAUACAUCACUUGAGACCUGUAAUAAGAAUCGAUUUUAUGUAUGUUAACUCUUUUCAUGUGCUACACAUAAUGUUAAAGCCUGCCUG